AUGGCCGAUGUGCACAAGUAUGAACAGCAACAGAACGAGUCCCUGGCCAAGAGACGCAAGACCGGAGGUUAUGUUCCAGAUCAGGGCGCCGAAUAUUCGCUCAAUGACAAUGUCGUGCAGGUCACCGACCAGCAAGGUCUCGAACUUCGGACGUGCCUGGGAAUACUCUGGCCAGUGGAAGCUUAUGAGGCGAAAUGGGGCAGAAAGCCGAUCGACAAGCAGGUGACCAAGAUCAAGCAAGGGGGGCGAGUGCUCUCAGGAGUGCUGCUUCCGAGAAGCUUCGGGCUCGAGGCCGGGUGCACCGAAGUCUUCGAUGUGAAGUCAUCGAGCGCUUCGAAUGUCGUGACAACGGCCGAUGCAAACACAGCCAUCAAUGAGAAGGAGAUGGGUGCCGCUUGGAGCCGUGCCCGUGACCUACACAGCUUCAGCACGCGUACCAAGCCCGAGAGCGAGGACUGCCCAGAAGUGAGCACCCUCGCCCCUUCUCAGAAGCGCAAAAAGAACGACGACUUCGAUGACUUGUUGGAGUUUGAUGCCGGCAUGCUGAGCAUCGAAGGAUUCCAGCAGGGUUUUCAGCUAUCGGUGGAUUCGUGA